AUGGGCAAGACCAAGGUCGCGGACAAGUCGUCCAAGAAGGAGAAGAAGUCUGAGCUCGCGAGCGUCAAGGCUGGUCGCGUCACCAAGCCCGCUGCUACUCCCAAGUCGAAGAGCAAGGACAUUGCCAAGUCAGUUGCUUCCAACGUCAAGGACAAGAAGAAGUCGAAGAAGGCUCCUACCCCAGAGCCUGAGUCUGAUUCUUCGUCUGAGAGCGAGAGCGAGAGCGAAGAAUCCUCUGAGAGCAGCAGCGAGGAGGUCGAGCAGAAGAAGACUCCUGCCAAGGCUGCUCCUAAGGCCGCUGCUAAGGCCGACUCCGAUUCUGACUCUUCCGACAGCAGCGAGGAAGACAGCGACAGCGACAGCAGCGAGGAUGAGAAGCCUGCUCCCAAGGCCAAGGCCAACGGUGUAAAGAAGGCCGCAGCCAAGGCUGAGUCCAGCGACUCCGACAGCGACUCCAGCAGCGAGUCUGAGGAUGAGAAGCCCGCCGCUAAGGCUGAGGCCACCUCCACCUCCGACUCUGACGAUUCCUCUGACGCCGACUCCGACGACUCCUCCGCUUCCGAGAGCGAGGAGGCUCCCUCCAAGAAGCGCAAGGCUGAGGAGGCCGCUGCUCCCGCUGUCAAGAAGACCAAGACUGAGGAGCCCGCCGCUGAGGAGGGUAUCAAGAACCUUUUCGUUGGCAACAUGAGCUGGAACAUCGACGAGGACUGGCUCCGCCGCGAGUUCGAGGGUUUCGGUGAGAUUGUUGGCUGCCGUGUCAUCACCGACCGCGAGACUGGCCGCGCUAAGGGUUUCGGUUACGUCGAGUUCGCCAACGCUGCCGACGCCGCCAAGGCACAGAAGGAGAUGCACGAGUACGAGCUUGACGGCCGUCAGCUCAACGUCGACUUCAGCACUCCCCGCGCUAAGCCCGAGGCCAACGGUGCCCGUGCCAACAAGUACGGUGACAAGCGCAGCCCUCCCAGCAGCACCCUCUUCCUCGGCAACGUCUCAUUCGAGUGCUCCAACGAGAGCAUCCAGGAGGUCUUCCAGGAGUACGGUAACAUCACCCGUGUCUCUCUUCCCACCGACCGUGACACCGGCUCCCUCAAGGGUUUCGGAUACGUCGACUUCGGUUCCCAGGAGGAGGCUACUGCCGCUCUUGAGGCUUUGAACGGCCAGGACAUCGGCGGCCGUGCCAUCCGCAUCGACUACGCUCAACCUCGUGAGGACAACGGUGGCGGCGGUGGCUUCGGUGGUGGCCGUGGUGGUGGUCGCGGUGGACGUGGCGGCGGCCGUGGUGGCUUCGGCGACCGCGGUGGUCGUGGCGGAGGCCGUGGCUUCGGUGGUGGUCGCGGAGGCGGCCGUGGCCGUGGCGGUGACCGUGGCGGCCGCGGUGGCUCAUUCAACCGUGGUGGCUUCGGCGACUUCCAGGGACAGAAGAAGAGCUUCGACUAA